UGAACAUAACUGUCGUUGUUGGGUUCCAAAAGCAAAGAUGCUGCUAUCCGCUCCUGCGAUUGCAGUUUCUUCAAUCCCACGGCGGAAGGUGAUUCACAGCAGAAGCCAUUGGACAGAAUUUGAGACUACUAGAUUAAUCAGGGGAUCAAGCAAUCUCAGGUUUAUUAUUCGUUCAGUUUCCAAGGAGGGCAAUACCUCGGUUGAAUCUGAUGUGCCGUUCCCCAGUGACUACAUUGACCUUCUUAAACAAGCAAAAAAGGCAACUGAAUUGGCUUUGAAGGAUGGCAAGCAGUUGAUGGAGAUUGAAUUCCCAACGGCUGGACUUGAAUCUGUACCAGGUGAUGGUGAAGGAGGAAAUGAAAUGACUGACAGUAUGCAGUUAAUUCGUGAAUUUUGUGACAUCUUGGUAACUCCAGAGAAAGCAAGACAAACCAGAAUAUUUUUCCCUGAGGCAAAUGAAGUUAAGUUUGCAAGACAAGUGUUUGAAGGAGCUUCUUUCAAAUUGGACUACCUAACAAAGCCAUCGUUCUUUGAGGAUUUUGGUUUUUCUGAGAAAGUAAAAAUGGCAGACCGGGUAAAGCCAGAUGAUGAAUUGUUCCUGGUUGGCUACCCGUAUUUCAACGUCAAUGAAAUGAUUGUGGUGGAAGAGCUUUACAAGGAAGCUGUAGUGAAUACCACCAGAAAACUGAUUAUAUUCAAUGGAGAACUUGACCGUAUCAGAUCUGGGUAUUAUCCAUCUUUCUUCUACCCUAAGCUGGCAGCACUUACCAAGACCCUCCUGCCCAUGAUGGAGACUAUAUAUUACAUACAUAACUUUAAGGGACGCAAUGGAGGAACCCUUUUCAGGUGCUAUCCAGGUCCUUGGAGAGUUCUUAGAAAGGUUGGGAACAAAUAUGUCUGUGUGCACCAGCAGGAAACAAUGCCAUCCCUGAAGGAAGUUGCCUUGGAUAUUCUUCCUGCAGCUUGAGAAUCCCGUAGCAUGCCAUCACAUAUCUAUCCGUUGUAGCCUGAUGUGGAUAUGACAGUGAAACAUCCUACCCGGUAAAUGCUCGAUAAAUCAAAUUCUUUCAUGGAAGUAGAAAACAGUUAAAAAACUUCA